CUUCAACCAAGACAACUCACCCAGCAGCUGGUGCUAACUUCGAGAGACGGGGCAUGGCCAGAGCCUGAAGCUCUGGGGUGUCGCUGGAGCUUUUGCCAUGAACAGUCUCCAAGCGGACUCGGCGUUUUCUCGAAUCGCGUUAACUUGGAUGGCAUCGCCUCACAAAGGCGUAACCUGUCUUCGACUGCCUCUUCUGCUCUACACCAAAUGAAAACUUUCUUCAAUUCAUGGACAUUCCCGUCCAGUUAUGCAUCAUCACCGCCAGACACAGACAGCGAGAAGCCCGCAUGAAAAAACCAAGACGAGCUUUCAAAAGCCGAUGACGAGCAAGGAGCAAGGCAGGUCGUGGAACUAACCAUUAGACUUCCAAACUGUUUCCCUGGAGCCUGGUGACAGAUUUGUCGGCUCCAUCAUUAUUGCAAGUCUCCGAAGACAUUGCACAGCUGCCAUGUCGAUUCAAGAAGAGCUUCCGGAGUUUGAGUUUCCAUUGUGGGACAGUCCCUCUGGCUUCGAGCUGGUACUCAUUCCCGUGACUCUUCGGCGACACCGUCUGUCCCUUGCCACCUUUGCAAUUGCACCUUCACUCCGGAAGUCUCCGCUUGCUCACCUCUCUGACCUCAGCUGGUCUCGCUCUGAGAACUACUCAACAAGACGACUGAGCUGGAUUUCUUCUCGGAACACGGCAUGUCUCCGAGCUGGACUUGAAGAGCCCGAUGGUCCAUUGGUGGAUCAAAAUGUAUACAAGUGAGGCCACAAAGUUGCCUUGCCACAAACCUCUACGCAGAAGCUCCAGUCAGGUAGGAUCUAUUGAAAACCCGACCCUCUAGUCUGGACAUUACCAGACGAGGUUGGAAGGUGGUUCGCAGCAGCCUUGCGGUUUCUGACACGUGCGAUUACACUGACCCUGAAUGGCUGAUACUUGGCCAGUGCUGAGUUAGACGAGUUAAAAUUUUAGCUCCCGCAUACUAAAUUUUAGCGUCCAGAUCCGCAUCCCCACACAGCUGCAUUAGCUUCUCCAUGCGGCUUCAGCUGUGGGAAAGCUUGACCCUUGUCCCUGUGACGUCGGGCCGACAUCCCAAUGCACCACUGCAGCAAGAGGCAAGACCAUUGACAAAAAAUCCAUUAGCUCAAUAUGACAUGGGAUCCAGAAAACAGGUUCUUCAAUCGACAAAUCUCGUCCAAAGAAACAGGCACGCUCAUGACCAUCUUCGCAGCAAGAGAAAAAACGAGCGAGCGAGUGCCGGACAUUACCACACUCCGCUGUGUCUCGGGGCACAAACCAUAAAAGGCCGGUGUGUCCUCUGGAGUGACCGGGAUUAUCUCCAGACAGAGUGAGGCAUCCGGAUAGUAGAGGAACCCCCCAGCCUUCAAACCCUCAAUAAUUUCUUUCAAGAUGAUGAAGACUGCUGGUCUCCUCCUGGCCGUGUGCCAAAUGGCAUAUGGUGCGCCAACAACAUCCUAUGCCUCUCCUCCACCGGUAUCAACCAUCGAGCCGUCCGCCAGCCAGAUCUCAGCGGCCGCGGCAUCAGCCACACCGCUUUCGCCCACCAGCAAUGUCAAGGGCCUUGCAUUCAGCCGAUUCUACCAGAUCUGGCUGGAGAACAUCGACUUUGCCACGGCGGCCGGCGACCCGAACCAAGCAUGGCUCGCUGAGCAAGGAAUCACACUCAGCAACUACUGGGCAACAACCCACCCCUCUGAGCCCAACUACUGCGCCGCGGCCGGCGGUGACAACUUCGGCAUGGACAGCGACGACUUCCACUCGAUCCCCGAAGACGUCAAGACGGUAGUCGACUUGCUAGAAACCAAGGGGAUCACAUGGGCCGAGUACCAAGAACACAUUCCGUACGCCGGGUUCCAGGGCUACAACUACUCGAACCAAAAGACCUUCCACGACGACUACGUGCGCAAGCACAACCCCCUGAUCCUAUACCAGUCCGUCACCAACAACGACACACGACUCAAGCUGAUCAAGUCAUUUGACGACUUCGACAACGACCUCAAGAACCACAAGCUUCCGCAAUGGGCCUUCAUCACGCCCAACAUGACCAACGAUGCCCACGACACCAACAUCACCUUCGGGGGCCGCUGGGAGCGCAACUGGCUCGAGCCUCUGCUGAAAGACGACUACUUCAUGAACGACACUCUUGUAUUACUGACCUUUGACGAGAACGAGACCUACGGCGUGCAGAACAAGAUCUUUUCCGUCCUGAUCGGCGGCGCCGUGCCCAAGGAGCUACGCGGAACCACCGACGCAACCUUCUACAACCACUACUCCACCAUUGCGUCGGUUUCGCAGAACUGGGGAUUGCCGUCUCUGGGCCGUUGGGACUGCAGCGCCAACGUCUUCGAGCUCGUCGCCAACAAGACCGGCUACAAGAACGCCGCUGUCGAUCUCAAUGACGAGGCUAUCUUCUACAACGCCUCUUACCCGGGUCCCUUGUCCACGAAGAAGUAUAUUCCAACUUGGCCUGUGCCUACAAACUCGUCCAAAUGCGCAAACGGAAAGGGUGUCCUCAAGUCUGUUGUUGACACUAUCAAGGGUCAGGCCCCGACUUACAACUACAGCAGCCCGUACCCCUAUGACCCGGCGUCUGGUGUCGAUGUCCCUCAUAAUACCACAAAGGCUCCUCCGGGGAAACGUGCUGGCUUGGUCGACUUCUUCCGAGCUUUCUUCGAGUAAAUCUGCACUGUACACAGUCAGGGGAAUGGAUUAUUCGGUCCGCAAUGUUCCCAUAGUAUAUCUGUAGCUGAGCUUGGCUGGUUAGCAGCCUGCGGGUUACAAAAACCCACGUGAUAGGAAAAUAAUAUGAAGACUGGUCAAACCUCACAA